AUUCGUAGAAGAAAGGUUAAGUCACCAUCGAAAACAUGAAAACAGUCGUUGUAGUGUUCGCCCUGCUGCUAGCAGCAGUCUCCGCUCGACCGGACUGCCAUGAAAACAACAACCGUUGCAGUGGUUUGAAAGAUGGAACCAGGUUUCCGAACAUGGACGACUGCCACAAGUACGUGGAGUGUUCCAACGAAAAGGAAUCCCAGAAAAGUUGCAAGGAGCACGACAAAUUCGACGCUGUAUCCUUGAAGUGUAGCGACAAGUCCGGAGUAAGCUGCUUCCAAGUUCCAACUACGACAACUACCACGACGGAGAAGACCACCACCACCAAGAAACCGACCACCACCACCACCAAGAAACCGACCACCACCACCACCACCAAGCAUACCACUACAAAGAAGCCAACGACGACUACCACCAAGCAUACAACCACGAAGAAGCCGACCACUACGACCACUCAGAAGCCCAUGACGACCACCACAAAACAUACGACGACAAAGAAGCCGACCACUUCCACUGCCGCCAGCCCUAUCACAACACCCGUACCAACGUGCAACACCCGGUAUGAACUGAAUUGCGCCAUGUACUGGAGCUGCGGAACGGGACAACCGACUCUCGAGUCCUGCUUGGAUGGCUACAUCUUCUACGAACCGCUGCACUUUUGCCUUCCGGGCGAUAUCGAAACUUGCGAAAUCUACCAUAUCUAAAUAACUCACCCAAAA